CAUAAUGACUCGGCGGUGAUAACCUCACAUUGUAAUUCUAUAAUCCUUCUGUUAUCGGAGAGUAAUGGUUUAUCACUAACUUUACUAGUUGAUAUCACUUGUCAGUAAACAUUGUCAUACCUUGGACACUUUAAUUACAUAACAACACCACCACAUCACGAUGCUGUUGUCGCGACCGACCACUAUUCAGGUAUUUUCACGUAUACGGAAUUGUGUACGUAAUAUGGCAACCGAAGCAUCAGUCCUGGUUGAAGAACGUGGAAACGCGGGUAUCAUCACAUUGAACAAACCGAAAGCUCUUAAUGCUGUGAACACUGAGAUGAUUCGCAACGCUUACGCUCCUCUGUUGCAAUUCGAGAAAGACAAAUCGCUGGUUAUCGUUAAAGGAGCCGGUGGUAAAGCCUUUUGCGCUGGCGGCGAUGUUGUGUCGCUGGUAAAAUCGGAUCCCAGCUAUGGCCAAGCAUUUUUCCAAGCUGAAUACACUCUCAACCACUUGAUUGGAACGUACACCAUUCCAUACAUUGCAUUUAUCGAUGGCAUUGUUAUGGGUGGAGGUGUUGGCAUGUCAGUACACGGAAAGUACAGAGUAGCAACGGAAAAGACAAUGUUUGCAAUGCCGGAAACUGCCAUAGGACUGUUUCCGGACGUUGGUGGGUCGCAUUUCCUUCCACGUUUGGAUGGAAAGAUAGGAAUUUAUCUGGGACUGACUGGUUUUCGAUUGAAGGGAAAAGAUGUGUUGAAGAGUGGCAUAGCGACCCAUUAUUGUGAAAGUAGUAAACUGGCAAGCUUGGAGAAUGAUCUCGUUGCGUCGAAUAGCUUCGCAGAUGUUGACGCUACGUUGGCAAAGUACAGCAUCAAAGAUGAUUCGGAGUUUGUUUUAGCGAAGAAUUUGGCGCAAAUCAAUCGAUGCUUUGAUGCAUCUACAGUCGAAGAAAUUAUAGCCAAUUUGGAAAAGGAUGGAAGCGAAUGGGCUCUAAAGACAAAAGAGACCUUAUUGAAAAUGUCCCCGACCAGUAUAAAAGUUACACUCAAACAGCUCAGCCUCGGUGCAAAAUUAACGUUAGCCGAAUGCCUUCAAAUGGAAUUUCGUUUAGGGAAUCAUCAUGUUCGCGGCAGCGAUUUUGCGGAAGGUGUACGAGCACUUCUCAUUGAUAAGGACAAUCAACCGAAAUGGAAACCGCCCACAUUGGCUGAGGUGACAAACGAUAGAGUUGAUUCAUUCUUCAAGCCAGUGGCAGGCGUUGAGGAUUUGGAUUUGGAAGCAACUCGAGCCAAGAGUAAGCUUUGAUUCGGCUCCAUUGCAUUCCGACCAGAAUUGCAUUUAUUUUUGGGUGAAAGAAUUGCCGGUUAUGUUAUUCCAAUGUGAUUCAAUUAUAAAUUGAGAAUAAAAUAAAAUUUUUAUAUGGAAA